GGGGAAGGAAGCAUGGACAGCAGAUGAGAGGUCGCUCCCGGAUCGUCGGCACCUGCUCCUCAUGUAGCGCACACACUGGCUGGCUGCUUCAGCACCACUGCUGAUCCCUGAGAGCAUCGCCCGAUCUCCUCUCAACGAUCUCUGAGCCCCUGCAUAUUCCUUCAGGAUGGAUGGGAAGCUUGUGUGCACGACACUGCUGGCAUGUCUGCUGCUCCUAACAGGUCUAAAUGUUAAAGCGCAAUCGACCACAGCGAGCUCACAACAAACUCAGGAGACAUCUUUAGCACCUACACAUGUGCCAACAGACGUCAGUGGAAGUACAGAGAAUACAGUCACUGUGACUACAGUAACAACAAGUGUUAAGCUAGAAAAGACGACAACCAAUGGCAUUUUGAAAACUACUAGCAUAUCAACAGAUGACACCAAUAGUGUCAAUACUAUCAGCGUGGGGUCUGACUCAACUCAAACAACGGUAGCCACAUCGAAUAAUGUUUGGACAUCAUCUAAUCCAAGUACAAAAAUACUAGACAGUAAACCUUCCACUCCACUAGAAUCCACCACAGAGACAGUAACUUCUGAAACCUCCAGCCUAAAGUCAACCAAGCUUACAAGUGGGCCAACAGAAUCCGGCACACAGACAGGAACUUCUGAAACCUCCACCCCAAAAUCAACCAAGCAUACAAGUGGGCCAACAGAAUCCACCAUAGAGACAGUAACUUCUGAAACCUCCACCCCAAAUUCAAAUAAGCCUACAAGUGGGCCAACAGAACCCAGCACAGAGACAUUCACUCAUUCCAGUCAGACAGUAACAGGAAGCACGGAUCAAUCCGGAAUUACAGAAUCUACAGGUAGUACUACUUCUAAGGAAGUAACUCCAAAAACGGCAAAGCCUGCUCCACCACAAACUGAGCCAACUAAUGACAAAACUCAGACCACAUCCACAACUGAUAUAACACCGGAACACAAUGUUGAGCUUUCAAGGGCACUAAGUCCAGGAAGUGUUGCUGCUAUUACUGUCGUAGUAAUUCUCCUUGUCCUGUUAAUAUUUGGUGGAGCAGCAUUCUGGAAGAUUAGGCAUUCGUCAUAUGGAAGACUACUAGAAGACCAAGAUUAUGGGUCGCUAGGAAACUACAACAAUCCUCUGUAUGAUGACUCAUGAGGGAAUUAUUCCAAGCUCAAGAAGAACAAACCGAUUCUCUGGUCUUAUUGUUGUGCAGGGUCAGAGCACGAAAUACACAUUACCAUUAAAUCCUCAGGCCUGCUGAAAUGACCUAUCACAUGUUAUAUGUCAUGCUCAAACUCAUGAACUGAAAACCAAAGUCAAAUUUGUGUACUAUUUUGUGUAAUCAGUCAUCACCUAGCUCUGUCUCCUGGAUUAUAUAAAUCACAUAGAUUAUGAUUCCACGUAUUGUUCCAUAACCCAAUAAUGAAUAGCCUUAUUUAAGAAAUGAAUAAAUAUAUAUUUUUAAUGAAA